AUGGAGGAGCAGCGAGGCCUUCAAGGUACCCAUGACAAUAUUGACAAAGCCAUCUACGGGAAGAGCCGCUGGGAAGGCGAUAGCGCUUCGCCGCCCUCGUCAGCCGCCCUCGCCAGCCGCCCUCGCCAGCCGCCCUCGCCAGCCGCCCUCGCCAGCCGCCCUCGCCAGCCGCCCUCGCCAGCCGCCCUCGCCAGCCGCCCUCGCCAGCCGCCCUCGCCAGCCGCCCUCGCCAGCCGCCCUCGCCAGCCGCCCUCGCCAGCCGCCCUCGCCAGCCGCCCUCGCCAGCCGCCCUCGCCAGCCGCCCUCGCCAGCCGCCCUCGCCAGCCGCCCUCGCCAGCCGCCCUCGCCAGCCGCCCUCGCCAGCCGCCCUCGCCAGCCGCCCUCGCCAGCCGCCCUCGCCAGCCGCCCUCGCCAGCCGCCCUCGCCAGCCGCCCUCGCCAGCCGCCCUCGCCAGCCGCCCUCGCCAGCCGCCCUCGCCAGCCGCCCUCGCCAGCCGCCCUCGCCAGCCGCCCUCGCCAGCCGCCCUCGCCAGCCGCCCUCGCCAUCCGCCCUCGCCAGCCGCCCUCGCCAGCCGCCCUCGCCAGCCGCCCUCGCCAGCCGCCCUCGCCAGCCGCCCUCGCCAGCCGCCCUCGCCAGCCGCCCUCGCCAAUAAAUGUUACAGUAGGAGACUUGAAUGCUCCCUUCGACCCCUAG